UUGACCUUCAACUCUACUGCACAACUACAAUCACCGCAUUUUACAUUUGUCAUUCUUGGUCUGCUUUCUUUGACGAAUAAGCCACCUCUCGCUCUUGAGGUAAUGCUUGCUACGUUCAUUCCCAGCAUUACUCUCCAAUUCUCGGUGCACCAUCGACCCCGCCACACCCACCUGUCCUUACAAAGAUUCGAGAAAUAGAGAGAACCUUGUCAAGAACGCAGACAUAUUGCCGCCGUGAGCUCCAUAGCGACUGAAAAUAUCAAUAAGCAUACGGAUCGAUUUCUAGGAUCAAGCCACCCAACUUCUUGGUAACAGAUUCCAUCAAGUCAGCCUGGCAUCAUGGCCUCACAGGUUUAUGUUCUGGAUUCUUCAGCUCGCAGAGCCGCAAUCAAAGUUACGCCUGGGAAAUAUUUGUCGGACGUACUGGAGGAAGCAUGCGCCAAACUUGGCUACAAGGCCAGCAACUACGGUCUUAAGCACAAUAAUAAACCCGUCGACCUCUCAUUACCCUUCCGUUCGUCAAACCUAUCCCCUGGGGCCAAGCUCGAGCUCAUUCUCGCAUCCCGGUCACCCUCCGUCGUUUCAGUAGCCCUCCAGUUACCACAGUCCCUGGCAUCUUCCGCACCCAAUGGCCGGUUGGUGGACAAAUUUCCCAGCAAUACAACCUUGUGGCUUAUUCUACGACAAUUCGAGUCCAGUGGAGAAGCAAAUCUAAAUUUUACAGGUCGUGGGGUUACACAAGUGGAGAAUGGUGCGUCGAGGGCUGGCCGAAUCUUUUAUGAGAUGCCUGUUCUGAAUAUUGUUGGGAGAGAAUUGUCGACUUUUGAGGAUUUGCAGAAGACACUCGCGCAACUUGGCCUCAAUAACGGAAGCACGCUUAUUAGACUUGAUUUCAAGAAGACGGAUCGACCACUCGAACAAGCUAUAGCUGAAAUUGGGCAAUAUUUCAAGGAGGAAGAAAUAUCACAAGUAUCAGACAAAGCAGAGUCUAGCAAUGCUGCUCUGAAGGAGGUAGAUACAAUUACGGAGGCAAUUGCCAGACUGCCCUCGACAGAGCCUAAUGCAUCUGAAGAUGUCGACACUACCUCCGUCGACGCUUCAGAAGGAACAACAGCAGACCCCACGCCGUAUCCAGAGACUGUAGGAGAUGCUCCAUUACCAGCUCCAGUCACUCCGUCGAAGCGUCCAGCUCCAGAAAUCAGAGAAGAGCCAGUCUUGGGUCCUGACCAACGACCAAUAUCUGUCUUCUCCCCUCCAUCCAACGAUACCCCGAAAGCAGCUCUGGUACCUCACAACGAAGAAGACUUUGAACCAACGGUUGCCCAUGCAAAACUUCACCAAAGCCGUCUUUUGAACAACACUCAAAACAAGCGAUUGUUGUCUGACGCCGAGACUGAGCAACAGGAGGCGGACAAAGUUGCUAAGCUGGCCAAUACCAAAGAAGUGUCAAUUAAGGUCCGAUUUCCCGACCAGUCGACUAUAAUUUCGGCCUUCAAUGCCCAAGAGACAUGUUCAAAUCUCUACACCUUUGUCAAAGGGGUCAUUGUUGCCGAAGACCAGCCCUUCAAACUUGUUUGGACCAGCAAAGGAUCCCAAACGAUUCCCAAAGAUGAGAAAAAGAAGUUGAUCAAAGACUUGGGCUUCGAGGGAAGAAUGCUGAUCAAUUUUGUUUGGGAAGAUGCAGCUAGUGAGGGUGCUAGAAAGGCACCUAUCCUCAAGCCACAGUAUGUUCUGAGUGCAAAGGAAGUGCACGUUCCAGAACCUCCUCCAGCGCCAAAGGAACAGGAUGAGAAGCCUAUCGAUAAAAAGGCUAAGGGAAAGGAGACCGAUGGCAGUGGAGAAGGGAAGCCCAAAGGUAUACCUAAGUGGCUUCAAAAACUCUCGAAGAAAUAAGUGAACGGCUUUGAUGAGGCACGAAGUUAUGAAGUAGAGAUGUUUGAGAAUAAAGCUUCUUUCGUAAGCAUUCCUCGGGACCAUAGCGAGGAGUUUCGGCUUUUCGGUGUUACCGAUGUUAGAUCAGACCUCACAGCACUUGAAAUGAAUAGACGAAUUCAGAC